GGCAGUGCGUGCGCGUCGGUCGUCGUGUUCAGGUUUGUGUUGCUUAUUAUUUCUUGUCUCGCCUAUCGUUUCGCGCACGCCUAACAUAUUAUAAUAUUAUAAUAUUGAUAGGUGCUAACGUAAUUCGUAGCCGUAGUUAACAGUUGUACACGAAACUGCGAAUAAUCGAAUAUAUUCGUAGGUACAUGAUAUUCGCCAAUCAACGAUCUUCCAAUAAUAUCUCCGCUGCAGUGCCCCACAUCUCACCGAUGGCGUUGUCGUCCGAUCGGACCGCAGCUUCGUUCCCGCUGCUGUUUCUGCUGCCUCUGAUUCUGACAUCGUCGCCGUGUUCGGCCGCUGCGACGGACAGUGGCAGACUGUUUCCAGCCGGCGUCCAGUACGAGUACGAUUUGACGACCACAGUGCUAGCCGGAGGAUCUUCAGACAACCGAGAUCCGCCGGUUGGCCAUCGGGUGGUCGGCCAACUGUUGGUCGCCAAUCUCUGGGCCGCUACCGAUACUGCCGACGACAAACUGCUGCGGCUACACCUCAAGUCGCUCAAACUUCAAACGUGGUCCAAGAAAUCAAAAAAUGUUAUUAAUCGACAAUUUAUCGACCGUAAAUCAAAGAUCGAUAGGUUUUCAGACCAACCGUUUUUUGUACACUGGAGGAAUGGUCACGUAGAAAAUCUGUAUGUCUCUUCUGCUAAUUCAUUGACUGAAGGAAAUUUUAAAAAAGGAAUCGCUGGCCUCUUUCAGUUUCAAUUGUCAAACCAACGCGUAGUAGAACAUUCAACACUCGGAGAGUGUAACGUGACCUAUAACAAAAUUAACGAAAAUAGUGUUUCAAAAGUAAUUGAUGGAUGUAUUUUACCAACAACACUGCCACCUGAAAUAAAGCAUCCUGACAAAAUUUGGCAAGGAACUUUACGCUCAAAACGCGAAGGCUUACUAAUUUACAACCAUGAAUCCUUAGUUGAUGUGUCUUUGGACGAAAGUCACGAGUUCUAUACUGUCUUUAUGAAUGAGGUAGGAGCUUCGGUAUCAUCAAAACAACACAUAAAAUUCAAAGAAACCAAACCAAAUGACGAUAUCAUUGAAGCUAAUACUUUAAAUGAAGCAGUUCAUCAAUUAGAAAAACAAUUCAAACUGAAACUCGAAAAGCAAAAUUUAAGUCCAAAGCACGAAGUUAAAAAUUGUAAACACUACAAUUCUUGUAAUAAAUUGGAAGAAGUGGUUAAUAACUACCACGAUUCUUUAUUGGAUUCAGAACUAGGAAAGUCCAAAUCAGCUUAUGGUGCGAUUAAAGUAAUGAAUGCUAUUGUAAAUAGCGACACAAAAACUAUUAAAAAAGUAUUGACAGAUAAAAAAAAUGAGGAUAUAGUGGUUCAAUUAUAUGAUUUAUUAGGAGCUGCAUUAAGUGAAAAUUCACAUAAAGCCUCAAUGGAUACACUAGAUUUUACUGAUGUUAAAAGCGUCGAAAAAAUAGAAAGAUACUUAUGGAGUGCAUCUAUAAAUUUCAAUCCAAAAAUAGAAAUCAUAAAAAGUUUAUUGUCAAUCAAUGAUGAGAAAAUAUCUAAUAAAAAAAUAAUGGACACCUUAUUUAACACAGUGACCGCUAUGGCUAGUCGUUUGGCUCGUUACAAUCACACGGAUACAAAUGUUCUCCUUAGCAGCGAACUAGUCGUCAAAACAUUGGAAAGACUGGAAAAAUGUAAAUUAGACGACGACGAAUGCAUACUAACAUACAUCAGAGCGUUGUCUAAUCUCAAACAUCCGCUGUCAGUUGAAAUGCUGUUGACCUUUGCACAACACGGAAACAGAAAGACUAGCGCAUACGCGAUGAAAACGAUUAAAAUGUUUGGUCCUGGUUUUUGGGACAGUCGAGUGCUGAAAUAUUGCAACAGAAUUUUCUUUCAGCUGGUCAAAGAGCAGGACAGCAGCACCAGGACAAUAGCACUGGCCAUACUUCUGGAGUCUGAUCCAGACUAUGACCUGCUGAAACAUGUAGUUAAAUGGCUUGCGGCACCGGGCGAGGGAUACGAAAUCAAACAGUACGCGUUGGAACUAUUGAAGGAAAUGGCUAACCAAAACGAGACAUCAGCGAAAUUGUUGCGGACGGUGUUAGUUCGUGAACGGUUGAACCACUACGGCAGCAUGGCUCAAAGAGGCUUGUCGUCAUGCUUUUCAAGAAAAUUAAUUAACUACAACAACAUCACCGGACUGGUGAAAAACUCUCAACAAGUAUAUUCGGGAGUAACCAAACGCGGGUCGGUAGACAUCGUCUUGGAACAUAAUAACAUUAAAUACGACUUGUGUAGUUUCGGCAUGUUCACAACCGGACUCGGGUACUUUACAUCCCUGUAUGACGAUUCGGGCAAAACAGACUCGUCCGACGAGGCCAACUUACCGGCCACAGCGGGUCUGGAACUCGUAGUAUUCGGCGUGCAUAUCAGACCAUUCAUUAUGUUUUCUAAUCAAGGGCAGUUAAUGGGACACGUUUGGGCUGGAACCGGGUCAGACAAAACACCCAUCAUUCAGCAAUCGGUGAUCGAGAAAAACGGCGGGAUCAGCAUACAGGGGUCAUUGAAACUGGAUACAGACUUGGUUACGGACGAAGUGGACUUUGCACUAAUUACCGAAGGGCUGUUACAUAUGCAUAGCGACGCCGAAUUCGCGACAAAAAUUGUUGUUUGCAUGCGUAUUGWUUUCGUGGAUACAAACGUGACCACGACUGUAAGAAAAAGUGAAAAAGUCCACGGACUACACCACAAAUCAUACACGAUCACGACGCGGACGCAUCCAGUUUCCGGACGGACGUUCGCCUUAAACCAAAUGGUCAACGAAUUUUGUAAUAUCAUCCAUUCUCGGUGAACUGGUAGACUAAAAAAAGUCAACAAUACACGCAAAUUAAAUAUUUCAAAUAAUAUUAUUAUUAUUGUUGUUACCUCAAAACACGACUGAAUUAUUUUUAUUUUAAGU